AUGGCGAAUCUACCACUCUACCGGUGCGAUAUCGCACAGUGGCAGGUACACGAAACUGAAGACGACUGCGACCUCAUCGUACGAACCAACAACGGGCGAGCCCUCUAUUGCACCAUCUCCCCGUCGCAUUUUCAUCGAUCACCAAAGCUCACAGGCCAGUACUUCAAGUGCCUACACCUGCUGCGGUCUGGAGAAGAAGAGCAGGACGGUUUCUAUAUGGAGGAUGCUUACAACUGGCUGUUAAAGCUCUUCGAGCCUCUCGUCGCCCAGUUGGCCCCAUUGUCUUCAACGGUUUCUGAGGAUGACCAGCCAACUCUCUCCCAAUAUCUGUUCCCUCCGUAUUUCGUUUGCUGUCUUGAUGCUGCUGACGAAGUCCCACGCCCGUACAAAGCGGAGACUAAGGAACACGGCUGGGCCAAGCCGGGUCUAGUUGUAAAAGACGACAUCCCCACAGACCUUAACCAGUGGGCUAAGUCCUACCAUCCAUCAGACGUCAAGAUAAUAUACAAUCGCUUAGAAGACGUUUUAAUUAAACGACCUAGCAAGGUUGUUGUUAGUGGAGUUGAAUGCCACUUUAAACGCUUUGGGUUCCCAUUUGGUCCAGCGCAUGCGAAAAGGGAGCUUACAACCGCAAUACCUUAUCCCCCCGAAGCAUGGAUCUGUUGCCUACACGGAGUUGUCCGAGACGGAGACAAGUUGAUGGGCAUGCUCUUUCAAUGGAUCAACACGAAGGGAAUCAGUAUAUCUUUGGAGAAGCUGCACCAGAAUGGCAUCAUCUGGGGCGAUGUCAAAGCCGAGAAUGUCCUCAUCGACCGUGAAGACAAUGCCUGGAUCAUCGAUUUUGGGGGCAGUUACACUCCUGCAGGGGUUGACAUGGAGAUAGCUGGGACACUGGCUGGUGAUGCAGAGGGCUUAGCAAAGAUACUCGAUAUCCUGCAUUGA